CAAUGGACAGUGUGUAAUGUUAUGACGAUUGGGAUGUCAUUCAAGCAAAUUUGCAUCCAAGAAAUUCACCAGGUGUGAUGGAAGUGGAUGUAUUUGUGCCUUAUUAUUGCGAUAACAAAAAUUAGGACUCCGUUUUGCACUUUAUGGAAGAUAAAUAUCUUGAUUCGAAAAAAAGAGGUCGCCGAUUUAUGCGACAGUGUCACUUAGUGGUUUGAUAUUUGAAAAGUAAAAAAAAAAAAAUAAUAUUAAAUGCUCAUUUGAAUGAAUGACAAAAAUAAUUGUUGACAGUCAAAGAAUUUAAUCAAACAUUCGGCUAAAAGAGAGAUUUGAUCAUGGCAGAUGAUGAAAGCAGUGUCCGGGUUGCUAUUAGAAUUCGGCCACAAAAUGCCAGAGAAAAAAUUGAUAUGUGUCAGAUAUGUACAUCAGUGAUAGAAGAUGAACAGCCACAGGUUAAAAUUGGAAAGGAUAAAUGUUUUACUUACGAUCAUGUGUACGACUUGCCAACUGGUCAAGAAACAAUUUAUGAUACAUGUGUCAGACAUUUAAUUGAUGGGUGUUUUGAUGGAUAUAAUGCAACUGUUUUUGCCUAUGGCCAGACUGGAUCAGGGAAGACUUAUACAAUGGGAACUGGGUUUGAUGUAACAGCUGAUCCUGAUAUUAUAGGCAUCAUACCUCGAGCAGUAGACCAUUUAUUUAAAGGAAUAGAAAAGUGUAGAAAGGAAGCAGUUGAAAGAAAUGAACCACCACCUGAUUUUAAAGUCAAUGCUCAAUUUAUGGAGUUAUAUAAUGAGGAAGUAUUAGAUUUACUAGACACAACUAGAGAUCCAGAAUCAAGGGGUAGAAAAUCUAACAUUAAAAUACAUGAAGAUGCUAAUGGUAGUAUAUAUGUGGUGGGUGUUACGACUCGACUGGUUACUUCAUUACAAGAUACCAUCCAGUGCCUUAAAAUUGGUGCCUUAUCGCGAGCUACUGCUAGUACCAACAUGAAUUCCCAAUCAUCCCGAUCUCAUGCCAUCUUUACACUACAUAUUAAACAACAUAGAAUUGUUAAAGAUGAGCUUGUAUUAGAUGAUGGUAAAGAUACAGACUCAACACAAUCUGUUAACGAAUUUGAAACCCUUACAGCCAAGUUUCACUUUGUUGAUUUAGCGGGUUCGGAAAGAUUAAAACGAACAGGGGCCACAGGUGAUCGAGCUAAAGAAGGAAUUUCUAUAAAUUGUGGUCUGUUAGCAUUAGGUAAUGUGAUAUCUGCAUUAGGUGAUAAAGCUAAGAAAGGUUCCCAUGUACCUUAUAGAGAUUCUAAAUUAACUCGACUAUUACAAGAUUCACUGGGUGGUAACAGUCGAACAUUAAUGAUAGCGUGUAUAUCUCCAUCUGAUCGAGACUUUAUGGAGACCUUAAACACAUUAAAAUACGCCAACAGAGCUCGUAAUAUCAAAAACAAGAUCAUGGCUAAUCAAGAUAAAGCCAGUAAACAAAUGGCAAUGUUACGAUCUGAAAUAAUAACUUUACAACAAGAAUUAAGAGAAUUUAAAACGGGUAAACGUAUAGUCAACUCUGAAGGUGCAGAAGGGGUCAAUGACAUGUUCCAUGAAAAUCAAAUGUUGCAAACAGAAUUAGAGAAAUUACGACAAAGAAUUAAAGCAAUGAAUGAAACCAUAGAAGGUCUGAAGGCUAGAAACUCACAAUUAAUUGUAGAAAUCGCAUCUUUAGGAAUUGUUACAGAAAAUGGUGAAGUUUCUAAUGAAGCUGCUAGUAAUCUUAUUAGUGGUUAUGUUACAGAAAUAGAAGAUUUAAAAACUAAACUUUGUGAGUCUGAAGCAAUGUGUGAAACAGUCAGAAAAUCAGCAUUACGUAGUCCCCGAAGUCCAUCCCGGUUAUUAGCUAGUCCGAUGUCUACAGUGUCUAGUGGAUGUUUUGAUAUGCCCAUGUCUAUAGAGGAAAACUCAUUGUCAGCUAUAUUGGAAGAAGCUAAAAAAGAUGUUCGGAAAUUAAAGAAAUCAAAGCGUGCUAAAUCAAGAAUAGCCGAUCAGGGAAGUGAUAAAGAGAAUGUAAGUGGUGGUGAAGAGGAAUGUAAAGAUGAUGAUACAGAACAUGUAGAAAGUCAAGAAAAAUCGGAUGAAGAUGAGACAAAUGUGAAUGGUGAUGUAGGUGAAGAUGAUACCGAUGAUGAAGAUGAAACUAAUGAUGAUUCUGAUGACGAUGAUGAUGAUGACGACGAUGAUGAUGAUGAUGAUGAGGAUAAAGAUUCUGAUCAUAUACAUGAAGACCUGGCUGAAUUAACAUGUGAAAUCUCCAUUAAACAAAGGCUUAUUGAAGAGCUAGAACAAAGUCAGAAGAAAAUGCAAGCUGUACGUCAUCAAUAUGAAGAAAAGGUUGUACAAUUAGAAACUAGAAUUAAAGAAACAGAGCUGGAAAGAGAUCAAAUUUUAGCCAAUAUUGGUAGUAAAGAGACAGGUUCUAAUGAUAAGGUUAAAAAGAUUAAACAAGAUUAUGAGAAGAAGAUAAAUGAUCUUAAUUCUGAUUUGAGAAAGAUGCAGGCGGCUAAAAAAGAACAUGCUAAACUUGUCAGAAAUCAAUCACACUAUGAGAAGCAGUUAAAAACAUUGCAGCAUGAGAUGUUGGAAAUGAAGAAAACUAAGGUUCGACUGAUGAAACAAAUCAAAGAUGAUGGUGAAAAGAGUAAAUCAUUGGAAGCUAGAAAAAAUAAAGAAAUUUUCCAGAUACGUAAAGAUCAAAUUAAAUAUCAAAAUCGUAUCCGUAAUCUAGAACAAGACCAGAAACAGAAAGAUAUUGUUUUAAAACGUAAACAAGAGGAGCUUGAAUCAUUACGCAGACGUAAGAAAGCAGUUAAACCAAUGUCAGCCAAAGCUGCAGGUCGUAUUGGUAAAUAUGAUAGACCAGCUACCAUUCCUAUAGCUAUAAAUUCUUCAACACGAAGAAGACGAAAAGAUUUCUCACCUAAAGUGGCUAAGCAGAAAUGGGAUGCUAUUGAAAAGAAUGUUAAUGCUGUGAUAAAUAAGAAACAAACAGUUACACAUAUGGCUAAAGAUAUGGAGAACUGGCUUAAGCAAAGAGAAAAGAUUGGUAAAAAGUUAGAAAAAUAUAUACAGAAGAGAGAAAGCAUGGGUGAUGAUGUAGAGUUCCGUGAAAAGAAAGAUUUAGAUGAUGUUAUAGAUAAUUUAAAAUGUCAAGUAGAAUAUAUACAAGAUAAUAUAAAUGAUUGUCAAGCUAAUAUAAUGCAAGUUGAAGAAUCUAAGGAAGAAACUGAAAGUACUGAUAUUACAUCUCUUAUUGGUGCCUGUUCAUUACAAGAAGCUAAAUAUUUACUAGAACAUCUCUUCCAAUUCUCUAUAUCAAAGGGAAUGAUGUCAGCGCAGAAAGAUUCGGAAGCUAAAGAACUACAUGCCAAAUUACAUCAAACAGAAUUAAACAAUACUUUACAACAAGAUUUAUUAAAACAUAUGAUAGCUGAUCAUGUGGAUAUAGAAGUUGAUAAUUUACGUAUAGAUAAUGAUCUAGAUCAAGAUGAUCUAGAGAGUUCAGCUAGUUCAGCCUCCACGUCACCUGCUGAAAGCAUGUUCGAGAGUUUGGCACCCCUGUCUCAAGUCGGAAUCAUUGCUACGGCAAGUGAUCUAGCUUCUAAACGAGAGAAGGCUAGAAGAAAAACGGCUACCCCAGCUGAUUUACUGUAUGCCUGUGGUACUCAAGAUACCCCCUUGUUACCAGUACUGGAAACACCAGAUGAACAGAAAGAAAAUCUAGAAGAAGAGUUAAAGAAACAAGAAGAUAGUGGUGAUGUUAAUGCAAUGCCACCACCCAAAAUUAUACCAUCUAAAGCUCCAACCAUGACAAGAAGUGCAAGUGGUAGAUUAAAUUCAGGACCAUCACCCAGUAUGAGACGUAAAGAAUACCCUAAAAGUCCAGAACCAUCACCAGCCAUGAGACGAAAAACCUAUAAACCUGAUUCUCUGUCACGAUCUAGUUCAGUAGAUUUAUCGUCAGAUACUACACCACCAACAUCACCAACAGCAACUAGACGAUCAUUCCGUAGUUCAGAUGAUAAUGUUUUCUCACGUUUAACCAGUAAUACAGUACUACCUUCACCAAAUCCUAACAGAGGAAGUAUACAAGCUUCAUACAAUAAUCGACCUGUUGGUGGUCGGAGUUCACCUUUGACCUGUACACAUACAGCUGGUGGUCAUACUAAAGCUGUUCUAUCUGUUGAUGCUACUGAUGAUCUCUUAUUUACUGGUAGUAAAGAUCGUACAGCUAAAACAUGGGAUUUACAAACAGGAAAAGAACUGUUCUCAUAUACAGGUCAUCCUAAUAAUGUCUUAAAAGUCAAAUAUUCAGAGAAAAAUAAAAUGACUUUUACCGUGUCUCAAUCAUAUAUUAAAGUGUGGGAUAUUAGAGAAAAUUCUAAUAAAUGUAUCAAAACACUCAGUUCAUCAGGUUUAAGUGCUAAUGGUACUGUUAAUUAUACAGCUAAUAGACAGAUAGAUUUAGCACCAGGUGAACAUCAUAUAAAUGAUGUAGCUUUAAGUGAUGAUGGUAUAACAUUAUAUUGUGCUACUGGUAAUAUUGUUCGUGUCUGGGAUCUCAGAAGGUUUAGUGCUGUAGGUAAAUUAAGUGGUGGUCAUCAAGCAGCUGUAAUGGUGUUAGCUGUAAAACAUGAUGAAACAAGUAGUUUAGUUGUUACUGGUUCGAAAGAUCAUUAUAUCAAGAUAUUUGAAGUGAUAGAUGAAGCUGCUGGAGUUUUAUCACCUAAAUAUAAUCUCGAGCCUCCACAUUAUGAUGGUGUCCAAUCUUUAGCUAUAACUGGUAACACGUUAUUUAGUGGAUCUCGAGAUUCCUGUAUCAAAAAAUGGGAUUUAACCAAUCAACAGCUAGAACAGUCGAUGAAUACAGCACAUAAAGACUGGAUAUGUGCUUUAGGUUUUGUACCUAGUACAAGUUUGUUAAUUAGUGGUUGUAGGGGAGGUUAUGUUAAACUAUGGCAAUCAGAUACAUGUGCUUUAGUUGGUGAAAUGAAAGCUCAUAGUAGUCCCAUCAACGCCAUAGCAACCAAUAGUACCUCCAUCUUUACAGCUUCAAAUGAACUAUCAGUUAAAUUCUGGCAAUAUCAUCGUACAAAUAGCAGAUCUCACAGAGAGUGGUUUGUUUGAUGAAAAAAUAAACAACCAAAUAAUUGAUGAUGAUUUAGGCAGUAAUUAUAUAGAUUUAUACAUAUGUUUUACUUUUAUUCAAAGGCUACCAAUAGAUACCAGUGUAAUAUACAAGUGUCCUUUUAAAUUGAGCUUUAAAAUGAAUUACUUAAAAAUUGUAUACAAAAAGUAUUUGAUAUAAAGUUGUAAUAAUCCCUGACAUUUUUGUAUCUAAUUGCAUUAACUGUGAUUGUGUAAAUACUGUAAAACAAGAAAUUAAUGCAAGCAAAGAUUUAAUGCAUAAAAUACAACCUACCUCCAAUCUACAGCAUCCUUUACUACCAAUCUCCAAUUAUUGAAAUAAAAUUGAACCAUAUGUUAGUCCCAAAAUGACCUAGUUUGUGUCGAGUGGACGUUAAACCCCAUUUCUCUCCCUUACCAGUCCCCAAAUAUCUUUAUAAUGAUAGUAUGAUUGAACGAAAUGUAAGGUAAACCAUAAAAUCUCUAUAAUGAUAGUAUGAUUGAACAGAAUAAGGUAUACUAUAAAAUCUCUAUAACGAUUGUAGGAUUGAAUGGAAUAAGGUAUACCAUAAAAUCUCUGGAACGAUUGUAGGAUUGAACGGAAUAUAUGGUAUACCAUAAAAUCUCUAUAACGAUUGUAUGAUUGAACGGAAUAAGGUAUACCAUAAAAUCUCUAUAACGAUUGUAUGAUUGAAUGGAACAAGGUAUACCAUAAAAUCUCUAUAACGAUUGUAUGAUUGAACGGAAUAAGGUAUACCAUAAAAUCUCUAUAACGAUUGUAUGAUUGAACAGAAUAAGGUAUACCAUAAAAUCUCUAUAACGAUUGUAUGAUUAAACGGAAUAAGGUAUACCAUAAAAUCUCUAUAAUGAUUGUAUGAUUAAACGGAAUAAGGUAUACCAUAAAAUCUCUAUAAUGAUUGAACGAAAUAAGGUAUACCAUACAUUUCAAAGUUAAAUUACAUGUAUUGAAACAGAGAACAGUCGAAAAACAGUUUCCAUUACAAUCUCCAUGGGUCAUAUUUCUUCUAGAGAAGAACAAUCCUGAUGGUAAUACCUUGAAGUAAAAUGAAAAAACGUUUUUAAAACUGUUUCUAAUGAACAGACUGAAAUAGUGGAAAUCUCUAGUCCACUAAUAAAGUAUGAAAAUAAUUAACAGUGAUUAAUAUCUUCUUUGAGCGACAUAUAAUAAUUGAAUUACGUAAAUAACAUAAUACGGAACACAAUUCUUAUUUUAAUUAAUCAUUUGCUUGAUAAUGUCACUUAGAUUAAAAUAGUAAUUGUUUCUCAUAUUAUGUUUUUGUGUUUAUUACUGAUAUAAGACAAUGUCGUGGCCUCAUCGAAGACAUUAAUAGAGGGGUAUAUUUAAGCUAGCUCUUCUGUAAAUUAGCUUUUAUGCACCGCCAUUAAAAUGUAUCAAAAGGAAGUUUUGAACGGUUCACAUUAAUUCCUUGUUUUUCAGUAUACCGGUAAUAUAGAUUGCUUUUUUAUUUGUUGCUUAUAUUUAUAUUUUAUGCAUAAAAGCAUUUUGAGUAAAUUUUGACUUGCUUUUGCAGCCUUAUUAUUUUGAAUGUAAAGUACUGAAAAUACAAAUGAAUCCAAGGUUUCAUGGGAUCUAAUCAGUGUGUUUCUAAACAUGACACAGAGUGAAAGUGUUUUAGGUGUAUAUAUGAAUUGUAAAAACAAGGAGUGCUGACUAUAUAUUCUUAUUUUACACAAAUGUUAAUUUAUUCAUUGUUAUGAAAGAAGUAAGGGAAAAUAGACAGUAUUAUAAGAGAGAAUAUUUUACUAUAAUAAUGGCCUUAAUCUGUGAUGUAUUAAUUAUAUAUGUUUAUACUAACUGAUCUAUAUAUAGCAUGCACAGUAGGUUAUUAUAUUCAUUAAUUACUGUUUAUAUAACAUACAAAUAAUCUGUAUUUAAUCAUCAUGUUAAUUUAUAUCUUUAUUUCCAACAUCAUCCUGUAGGUCCAAGGGUGCUGGAUGGCCUAAUCGUCUAACAUCUUGGGUUUUCUCCAGGUCCUCCAGUUUCCCCUCCCCUGUUAAAGAUUGCUACGCCCAAACAAAUUAUUGAAAUAGUGUUAGUCCUAAAUGACAUAGAUUGUGUUGAGUGGACAUUAAACCCCAUUUCAUUCUCACUCUUCCUGUAGUUCUAUGUAUAGAAAAUGUGAUAGAAUAAAGUACCAUACAUACAUCUAGUCUCAAAUUGUAUAUAAUAAUAUUUUUGUUUCUUUCUUUCUUUCUAUAGCGAUCAAACAGUUGCAAUAUGGCAGCAAAGAACAAGUACUGAUCCUUCUGAUAGUUCUGAUAUUGGUGAAGAACGUACCAGUGUCAGUUCUCAAUGAUAAGAGUUCCUAUUAUUGAUUAAAUAGUGCUAUAUUAUAAUAUUUAUAAUUGAUAUGUAUGAUUAUAACAAUGUAUGGUAAAGAAAAAUGACAUUAACAAUAUCAAAUGCAUUUAUAAACUCUAUAUAUAGUAAAUAAUGUUAUUAUCCUGUUUAAAAUGUCUUAUUGUAGGUUUUUUUUCAUCUGUCUCAAUCCACUCUUUCCAUAUUUCUCUUAUAUUCCAUAUUUUUAUGACUUUGACUUGUUUGGUACAUGUAUAUAACUUUAUUGUUUAACCCUGAUUUUGGUAUCUUAUAUAUAACCCCAAAUUACACUUCAAUAUGAUCUUGAUAAAUUUAUUUGCAUUUCUAAACUGUUAAUUUUGUUUUAAUACUAUCAAAAGACAUUCCAGGUGAAAAAAUACUCCAUUUCUCAAACAAUAUAUUGCAUUCCACAUGUAUAUUCCAUUUACAACAGAGAAAAAAAAACCAAGGCAACUGCUGAGGACCCUGUUAAAAUGUAGUGGCACCUUAUAGUUAUGUGAUAUAUUUUAACAAAAUUUAGUACUAGUAAUAAACAAAAUAUAAUUAAGCCAGUAGCACAAAAUUAUAAGAGACCUGUCACUUUAUCUUCAAGUAUGAUCUCUUUGACCUCUGAAGGACAAGUUUAAUAAUUGAGCCGAGAUAACCAUCGUCAUCAUCCAAAGUCCUUGAUAACUGUCUCUUUAUAGGACAAUAACCAGUUUACAUAAUAGCAUAUAUCUACCUUUAUGCAUAUAGCCAUCAUUUGUAAUACUCCCCACUGUCUUAUUUUAUUGUCCCCCGCCUUUCGAAGAAAGCAGGGGACUAUUAAAAUGGGUUCGUCCGUCUGUCUGUCCGUCUGUCUGUCCGUCUGUCUGUCUGUCCGUCUGUCUGUCCGUCACACUUUUUGGGACACAAUAACUCUCUUCCUAAUUGAGCUAGAAUGUUCAAACUUGGUGUAUGUGUUUAUUAGGUCAAUGCCUUGAUGGAGUUCGAAGAUGAGCAUUUUCCGCUUAGGGUAAGCAGAGAUAAGCAAUUUGAUUGGUUGAUGCUUUGGGACACGAUAACUCUCUUCCUAAUUGGGCUAGAAUGUUCAAACUUGGUGUAUGUGUUGAUUAGGUCAAUGCCUUGAUGGAGUUCGAAGAUGAGCAUUUUCAGCUUAGGGUAAGCAGAGAUAAGCAAUUUGAUUGGUUGAUGCUUUGGGACACGAUAACUUUUAAUUGAGCUAGAAUGUUCAAACUUGGUGUAUGUGUUUAUUAGGUCAAUGCCUUGAUGGAGUUCGAAGAUGAGCAUUUUCCGCUUAGGGUAAGCAGAGAUAAGCAAUUUGAUUGGUUGAUACUUUGGGGCACGAUAACUCUCUUCCUAAUUGAGCUAGAAUGUUCAAACUUGGUGUAUGUGUUGAUUAGGUCAAUGCCUUGAUGGAGUUCGAAGAUGAGCAUUUUCCGCUUAGGGUAAGCAGAGAUAAGCAAUUUGAUUGGUUGAUGCUUUGGGACACGAUAACUUUAGUUCUAAUUAAGUGAGAUUGAUGAAACUUGGUGUAUAGUUUCAUUACAGUAAUACCUUGACUAAGUUUGAUAAUGAGCAUUUUCUGCUCAGGGUAAGCAGAGCGAUACGCAAUUUGAUUGGUCGAGACUUUGGAAAACAAUAACUCUCCUACUUUGAUUGUCCCCCGCCUUUCGAAGAAAGCAGGGAACUAUUAAAAUGGGUUCGUCCGUCUGUCUGUUUGUCUGUCUGUCCGUUCCGCUUAUUUGUGAUAAAUUUAUAUGUGUCCUCUAAUUAUUUUCCUAUUUCGGCGGGGGACAUCAGCCUCACUGUUGGCUUGUUAUAGUAAUAAUUAUAGGGCAUUUUAUUAUAAUAAUUAAAGGGCAUUUUAUUAUAAUAAUUAAAGGGCCAUUCUACUAUUAUCAUAUUGAAUAUGCUAUUUCUGAUUAUAAAUAACACAGAUCAUGUUUGGUUUCAUGUUUUUAUAGUUCAAAUGUAUUGUUUUGUUUGAUGUGGGGGAUUAGUAAAUCAGUUAAGUAAUAUGUGAGGUUGUGUGCACAGAAUAAUGGGAAACAUCUAUAUUUUUGUAGAGAACAAAAAAAAAAAAAAAGGGUAAAUUUAUGGCCUACUCGUUCAAAGUUUACUAAUGUGAUCCCCCACGUGAACUUCCUUGAAAACCAUAUCAUGUGGUCGAGGACAUAAAAAAUAUUUAAAAAAUGAAACCAAACUUCUGAUUUGAAUUUGGUGAUAAUAUACAUCUGUAAAUCAUAAUGGUGUAAUAUACAAAAAAACACCACCGAUUUGAUUGGAAAUGCUGGCGAAAUGAGAUUUUUUUGGCAUGAUUGUACGCUGGACAUUUACUAACAUAAGAAAAUCUACAACAAAGUGCAUACGAUAAAAGUCAUUGAUGGUGUUCAAUCAUCCCUGAUGAACCCAUGUGGACCCCUCACAAUAGCAUUACAGGAAGCUGGCAGUUUUUGAUCCUGUGGCGUUGCCGUGCAGGCAUUGGCUGAUGUUUAGUGAACCUUGUCUAUUUCCAUAAAAAUCUUUAUUUUCAACAUUAUCAUUCUGUCAAAUUCAAUAUUUUGUGUUUAAGAGAAUUGAUAUGUGGUGCGUUUACAUGAUCAUAAAAACCUGAUUCUUAAGUGUUAUUGUGGUGAUUUGUCCAGACUUACAACAAUCAUCCAUUUAUAGAAGUGGUAGGGUUUUCAUUGUCUCGGUAUAUAAGCUUUGUUUAGUUGAACAUUACAAAAACUGAAGAUGUUAUGUCCAAAAAAAAAAAACCUUCAUAAAAUGUUAAUACAUAAUCAGUAUAUAAUUAAGUGCCUUAUCUGCUAAUAAACAUUAAUUAAAAGAUGACGUUAAAUUGUAUUGAUAUUAUUUAUAAUGAAAUAGAUUUGUUUGUUUAAAAUGCACUAAGUUAUGUAUAUUAUCCUACAAAGAUUGUUGAUUGCAUUUAUAAUUAUACCUCUACUAUGAAACAAAUGAAAUGCUAAAAACAAUUGUAUAUAUGUAUAAAUCUAUUAUUAUAAUUGUUAAUGGUGCUGUGAACAUAAUUAACUGUAAUAAAACUAUUUUCAUACA